GUAAAUUUCAAGAUGGCGCUUGCGUCCAAAAUCAGUACAAAAGACAGCGAAGUCGUAUUGCAACGUAAUUCGAUGUUGUGAAAUAUUUUUCGAGUUUCUCCCCGUUUUCUUUUCUCCAAAUUGUGAAUAUUAGAUUUUCAGUUGUGUAUGACUUCGUACAAACAUGUAAUUAAUCGAUAAAGGAAAUCAACGAGCUCGAGCCCCGCGCAUUUGUCGUCAACAACAAAAAGGUCAUCCUUAAGAUGGCGGAUCCCGAUCCUGAAACUUUAUUGGAGUGGCUGAGUAGUGGCCUAGGCGAUGAGAGGGACAUGCAGCUUAUCGCUCUGGAACAACUCUGCAUGCUUCUACUGAUGUCUGACAAUGUAGACCGAUGCUUUGAAAGCUGCCCUCCGAGAACCUUUCUUCCUGCGUUAUGUCGGAUAUUCCUCGACGAGCAUGCGCCUGAAAACGUUCUAGAAGUUACGGCGCGUGCAAUUACCUAUUAUUUAGAUGUGUCGGCGGAGUGUACGCGACGCAUCAUGGCGAUGGAUGGUGCGAUUAGGGCGAUUUGUAAUAGAUUAGUAGUUGCUGAACUCUCAUCACGGACCAGUAAAGAUUUAGCCGAACAAUGUGUAAAGGUGCUCGAGCUCAUCUGCACGCGCGAAGCGGGGGCCGUUUUCGAUUCGGGCGGUCUCAGCUGCAUAUUACCAUUUAUUAGAGACAAUGGAAAUCGUGUACACAAGGAUACGCUGCACUCGGCGAUGGCCGUUGUGUCUCGUUUGUGCACAAAAAUGGAACCGGCCGAUACUCAACUACCAACCUGCGUGCAAGCACUUAGCACUCUUUUACGCCACGAAGACCAACACGUAGCCGACGGCGCGUUGCGCUGUUUUGCGUCAAUUGCAGAUCGAUUCACAAGGCGAGGUGUCGACCCCGCUCCAUUAGCCCAACACGGGCUAGUCUCAGAGCUUUUAACCCGCCUGUCCAACGCGGCCGGUCCAGCUCUUGCUAGUGGUACUCAAAGUACGCCAGGGAAAGCAACCUCUACCACCAACACCUCAACAAAUCAACCUGACCCGAAAGCGACCGCUGCCUCGGUGUCAACAAUCAUAAGCUUACUGUCAACACUUUGUCGUGGCUCACCGUCGAUAACACACGACCUACUUAGAUCAGAUCUUCCCGAGGCAAUAGAAAAGGCGUUGAAGGGGGAUGAAAGGUGCAUUCUCGAUUCCAUGCGUUUAGUCGACUUGCUUCUAGUGUUAUUGUUCGAGGGUCGGAGAGCUCUGGGUAAAACCGGAGGUGCCGGCUCUUCGGGAACAUUCGUGCCUCGAAUUCGAAGGAUGGAUUCCGCCGCGGAAAAGUCUCACAGGCAGUUGAUUGAUUGUAUACGGUCGAAAGAUACGGACGCGUUGAUCGAAGCAAUUGAGACCGGUGGCGUUGAGGUAAAUUUCAUGGACGAUGUCGGACAAACCUUACUGAACUGGGCCUCUGCGUUUGGGACGCAAGAGAUGGUCGAGUAUCUUUGUGAAAAGGGCGCCGACGUUAAUAAAGGCCAACGAAGUUCGUCCCUACACUACGCCGCCUGUUUCGGACGGCCGGCUAUCGCGAAAGUACUUCUACGUCACGGCGCCAACCCCGAUCUCAGAGACGAAGACGGCAAAACCCCUUUGGAUAAGGCUAGAGAGCGCAUUGACGAAGGCCAUCGUGAGGUAGCUGCAAUCCUUCAGUCGCCGGGCGAAUGGAUGAUACCUUUGGAUAAGGAAAGGCAAAGAAAAUCGGAAUCUGACAGUGAAGAACAAGUCGAGCCGCGUGGUGAUCCUGAAAUGGCUCCACUUUAUCUUCGUCAGCUACUGCCUGUGUUUUGUGCUACUUUUCAAUCGACUAUGCUCGCAUCUGUAAGGAAAGCGAGUUUAGGGUUAAUAAAGAAGAUGGUGCAUUACAUUCAACCUAGUCUGCUGGAGGAAUUGUGCACAUCCGAGGUGUCCAAUAACUUUGGUACACAAUUAGUGGAAGUGAUUGCAACCGUUUUAGACAAUGAGAUCGGUUACUGCUGGCCAAGUACACGCAGCUACACCAUAGUGACCCCGCUCGCUGUACUCUUGCGCAAUACUUUGCAUGGCAGGCACAUAAUUCAAUGUCCUCCACCUAUGGAGGAUGAGGAUGGCCACCUAAUCGUGUUAUCUAUCAUACAAGAUCUGAUGAUAAAAGCGCAAGAUAUAUUUUUGGACCACUUCGCCAGAUUGGGAGUUUUUUCAAAGGUGCAAGCCUUAGCAGGACCACCAGAUGUCAUUGUGGAACCAGAAGAAAACGAUCAAAAUAUCACAGAACAAGCUGAGGUGACCGACGUGAUCGAAGACGCAAAAGAAAUUUUACCCGGCAAAGCGUAUCACUGGAGGGAUUGGUGUUUGUGUCGUGGCAGGGACUGUUUGUAUAUAUGGUCGGAUGCGGCAGCCUUAGAGUUGUCAAACGGAUCAAACGGUUGGUUUCGCUUUAUACUGGAUGGGAAAUUGGCUACUAUGUAUUCAAGUGGUUCACCAGAAGGUGGCGCUGAUACUUCAGGCAAAAGCCGGGCUUCUGAUUCCUUAACUACGGAAGAAAACAGAGGAGAAUUUUUGGAAAAGUUACAACGUGCCCGCGCGGUUGUUAAAAAUACCACAACGUCCCAACCCAUCCUGUCCAAACCUGGACCGACGCGACUUGUUGUGGGAAAUUGGUCGUUGACGUCGCGCAAAGAUGCCGAGCUUCAUAUUCACAAUUCAGAUGGUCAGCAGCAGGCGACGAUAUUGCGUGAAGAGCUUGCUGGGUUUAUUUUUGAGUCAAAUCGCGGUACCAAGCAUUCAUUUACAGCUGAGACGAGCUUAGGUCCUGAAUUUUCAGCAGGAUGGUCGAAUAAGAAAGGGAAACGUUUACGUUCCAAAACUGAAGCUACGAAACAAAAAGUGAAAAAUUUAGCGAAUACUGUACACGAACAAUAUUUUAAGGCUGCCCAGGCGCAGCCGCGCGGCGUCGUCGCGAAGUUAGGUAAUAUAGUGGCGCAUUUGGAGCGGGCGUGUCAGAAACAAUGCUCGUACUCGAAUAAUCGCGACGGCGGUCACACGUGGAAAGAUAUUUUAUGUAACGCUUUAGACGAAUUAACGCAAAUUUUGCAAGAGGACGGAGUCGUUAGUGCUUAUGAAUUGCAUAGUUCGGGGUUAGUGCAAGCUUUGUUAUCGUUGCUCGCGACGAGUUAUUGGGACCAAGGGCUAAAAUCAAACAAAAUGAGCAAAUUUCAAAAGCAACGAGUGCAGUUAUUUAAACAGUGCUUUAAAGAGAAAUCCAAUGAAGAACAGAAUUCCUUAGCGAUUUUAGUUCAUAAAUUAAUUGCAGUGUUAGAAAGUAUAGAAAAAUUACCCGUCUAUUUGUAUGAUUCGCCCGGAUCAGGUUACGGUUUACAAAUUUUGACGAGGAGAUUAAGGUUUAGAUUGGAAAAGGCUUCCGGUGAGAGUACCUUGAUUGAUCGAACUGGGAGGGGAUUGAAGAUGGAACCGUUGAGUACUGUCAGACAGUUGGAAAGGUACCUAUUGAAGAUGGUCGCCAAGCAGUGGUACGACUAUGAUAGGAAUACAUUUCAAUUUAUUAAGAAGUUGCGGGAAGUGAAGUACAGGACGUUUAAAUACACGCAAGAUUUUGACGAGGGUGGCGUGAUCUAUUUCAUAGGGACAAACGGGAAAACAAGUGCAGAAUGGGUGAAUCCCGCACAGUAUGGUCUGGUUUCCAUCACCAGUUCAGAUGGUCGCAAUCUGCCUUAUGGGAGGGUGGAAGAUAUCUUAUCACGCGACUCUUCGGCUUUAAAUUGUCACACUAAUGAUGAUAAACGCGCUUGGUUUAGUAUCGAUUUGGGCUUGUACAUAAUACCCACCUGUUACACAUUGCGGCACGCUCGUGGUUAUGGUCGAUCUGCGUUAAGAAAUUGGUUAUUCCAAAUGUCCCGAGAUGGCGUAACGUGGAUAACACUACUAACCCACACAGAUGAUACAUCAUUAAACGAUCCGGGGUCGACGGGCUCGUGGUAUGUUGAAGUUCCGCCAGAAGAGUAUCAAGGUUGGCGCCAUGUCCGCAUUCAGCAAGCUGGUAAAAAUGCAUCGGGACAAACGCACUACUUAAGUCUGUCUGGUUUCGAAUUAUACGGGCAAGUUACAACAGUAUGCGAGGAUCUUGGGAAGGCGGCCAAAGAAGCUGAGGCUUACUUAAAGAAACAAAGGCGUCUGUUACGUGCUCAAAUGCUUAAGCACGUUUCUGUGGGGGCCAGAGUUGUCCGCGGUAUUGAUUGGAAGUGGCGGGAUCAAGAUGGAAAUCCAGCAGGUGAAGGCACGGUUACGGGUGAAUUACACAGUGGUUGGAUCGAUGUAACCUGGGAUCAUGGAGGUUCCAACUCAUAUAGAAUGGGCGCAGAAGGCAAAUAUGAUCUUAAAUUGACGCCAGGUUUUGAUAUUGAGGUGGCAACAACCAAGUUGCACAGUGCUAUAGUGAAAGCUAAAGAAACAAAAGACAAACAAAGUGUGUUAACUAGUCGUAAAAGUAGCUCUACGCCCAGCUUGCCAGAGGCGACUGACGUCAAGACUUCUGUGGCAUCUACAGAACAAGCUGCCUCAGCCGAUAACUUAGCUGCCAAGCAAGCUGCUGAGACCAUAGCUGAAAGCAUGUUAUCGGUCGCUCGCGCCGAAGCAAUUGUAGCUGUCACAUCUGAAUCUCAGGCUGCAAUUAACGAGUCAGAUUUAUCGGUGGUUGUACACCCCUUGCGAGAUCCCCAUCAUGACCUAUCUGCAAUAAACAAUUCGAUAUCGAGUGAUCUGGCCACAAUAGUCGAAAGUCUCGCACUCACAGACACCAAGCCUAGCAAUGUCAUUUCUCACUCUCAAUUGAGACGUCAGCAAAGUUGCGACGCGUCAGAGCCACAUCGAAGUAAUAUCACCACUAGUAAUUCGGGUUCGAAUUUAAACAAGGAUGUUUUGUCACGGCGAUCCAGCAAGAUCAAUACUAGUCGAGCUGCCGUCAAUGCGGCAGCGCAAAGUCUGGCCGAGGCCGUAGAGGCGCUGGAUAAAAUCCGCGAAGGAACAGAUCUGUUUAUAAACAAUACCAACACCAUCCUCUCCGGAGAACUGCUCCAAUCGACUAUUAUGAUGCACCAAAAUCAGCAGAACCAGCAGACGACGGGUGUUAGAAUAUCAGUCUCGGACGACGACAGGCCAAGUAAAGCGAAGAAGCCAUCCAUCGAGCACGAAAUCAAAGAUAACUGCAGCAAAGAAGAGGCGGUGAAUAACUCAAAUAACGCGAGAAACAAUAGCAAUUGUUCGGUGACGAAUCCGAUGAGCGUAAGCGUUCCUAACCUCACCUCGACCGAGGCAAGUAAUCACAUUGAACCGUCAUCAACAGUGGGUCUCUUAGAAACAUUUGCGGCAUUAGCUAGACGGCGGACGCUAGGCUCGGUAACGAGUUCGAAUAGCGCCAACGCAAAUUCCAACAACGCAUCCGGAACGAUAAUUAACUCUAACAUACAAAAUAAUCAUCAAAAUACGGGCGGAACGUUAUUUCCCCGAGCGCCAAAUUCAAUGUCCAGUCUAGUAAAGCUGGCCUUGUCUAGCAACUUUCCGGGCGGUUUAUUAAACACGGCUCAAAGCUAUCCGAGCUUAUCGUCGACCAAUAAUCCCACAAGUAAUUCUAAUAGCAUUCCCGCCACGACGGCCACUCAAGGACUUAGUCAAGCGUUAACCAUGAGUUUAACAUCGACUAGUAGCGAUAGCGAACAGGUUUCGUUGGAGGACUUUUUAGAAUCCUGUCGCGCGCCGACCCUUCUGGCCGAACUGGACGACGACGAGGAUAUUGGCGACGAGGAAGAUAACGACGAAGACGAAAACGAGGACGACGCCGAUUACGAGGACGUGAUGGUGUCGCGCAAUCUGCUGUCGUUCAUGGAGGAGGAGGGUUAUGAGUGUAGAUCUGGAAAAAGGCGAUCGUGGGACGACGAAUACGUUCUUAAAAGGCAAUUUUCCGCGCUUAUACCGGCGUUCGAUCCACGACCGGGACGGACCAACGUCAAUCAGACUACGGAUUUGGAGGUUCCUCCACCUGGCCAAGAAGAAGGCGGAUCUAAUUCCGAUCAUGAGUUGCUUCCACAGCCGAAGUUGCAGUUAAUUUUACGUGGUCCCAAUUUACCUGGUAUACCCGAUGUGGAAGUUGAAUUAAAUGAUCCCUCCUGGACUGUUUUUCGGGCUGUACAAGAACUUAUUCAGUUGGCUGAUUUAGGAACAAGACAGGAGAAACUUCGACGGAUAUGGGAACCUACUUACAUGAUCGUUUAUCGGGAAAUUAAGGAUGAAAGUGCAUCCGAAUUGGAGGAGGGCCGUUGUACUCCUGUGGUCACCCUGUAUUCACGAAGUGGCAGUAGUUCUGUAGCAGGAACAACACUUUCGCCGAGCACUCCGAUUCCCGGAACACCAUCAGCUUCUAAUUGCACAGUUGAGGAUGUACUGCAACUGUUGCGCCACCUGUUUGUAAUUACAACAUCGAAGGAACAAGAUUAUCGCGACUUAUCCAUUGAUCUUUCGCCCGAGCAAUUUACAAGCAAAAAAAUCACCAACAAACUCCUGCAGCAAAUACAGGAUCCUUUGGUGCUGUCGAGUUCGAGUCUGCCCGCUUGGUGCGAGGAACUCAACCAUUCCUGCCCGUUCCUGUUUCCGUUUGAGACAAGGCAGCUGUAUUUCAAUUGUACUGCGUUUGGAGCGUCGCGUAGCAUCGUGUGGCUGCAGACGCAGCGCGAUGUAACCAUCGAGCGACAACGAACGCCUGGCUUGUCGCCGAGGCGAGAUGAUCCGCACGAGUUCCGUGUGGGGCGGCUAAAACACGAAAGGGUUAAAGUUCCUAGAGGGGAGACAUUAUUAGACUGGGCCAUGCAGGUUAUGAAAAUACACUGUGAUCGUAAAUCAAUUUUAGAGGUAGAGUUCGCCGGAGAGGAGGGUACGGGGCUCGGGCCCACUUUAGAAUUUUACGCGCUUGUCUCGGCGGAGCUACAACGGCGAGAUUUGGCAAUGUGGAUCUGUGAUGAUGAAGCUCUCAACAUGCAAGAAGCUGUAGAUCUCGGCGAGGGGGUCAAACCACCAGGGUAUUACGUUAGGCGGACCUCCGGUUUGUUCCCGGCUCCAUUGCCUCAAAAUUCCGACAUCUGUGAUAAGGCUGUACGUUACUUCUGGUUCCUUGGGGUGUUCUUAGCUAAGGUGUUACAAGAUAAUCGGCUGGUAGAUUUGCCACUAUCGAAAAGUUUCCUUAAGUUGAUGUGUCAUGGGGAAAUUCAAAAUACUGUCAACGAGCGUAUAGGCUUUGCAGGUUUGAAACGUAACGAAGAUGAUAUGAUGACCUCCAGUUUAAUAUCUGAAGAGAGCGAAAAGGAGCUUGAAUUGGAUCCCCCUAAGCUGACGCUCGAAGAUAAACGACCAUGGUAUUGCGGCAUUCUAGGUGCGGACGACUUGUUUGAUAUUGAUCCAAUUAGAGCUACUUUUCUUAAACAAAUCCAGGAGUUAGUAAAACGCAAACUGAAAAUAAUCCAAGACACAAGCUUAUCUGCUGAAAGCAAAGCGCAUCAAAUUCAAAAUUUGAGCCUCAAUCACGCGUCCGGUCCAGUUUUACUGGAGGAUUUAGCGUUAACGUUCACUUACGCACCUAGUAGUAGCAUUUUUGGUAUUUCCGCAAUUGAACUAGUUUCAAACGGCGCAGAUAUCGAAGUUAAUAUAGAAAACGUAGAGGAGUACGCCGAUUUAACGCUAGGAUUCGCACUAGAUAAAGGAAUCGCUAGGCAACUUGACGCUUUCCAUAGAGGCUUUUCAGUGGUAUUUCCGAUGGAGAAACUAUCCGCCUUCAGUCCAGAUGAAAUGCGCGUUAUGCUUUGUGGUGAUCAAAAUCCCGAAUGGACUCGGGAUGAUCUGAUGAACUAUACUGAGCCCAAAUUAGGAUAUACAAAGGAUAGCCCCGGAUUUUUGCGGUUCGUAAACGUUCUCCUGGACAUGUCUCCUGAAGAAAGAAAGGCAUUCCUCCAGUUUACGACGGGCUGCAGCUCUUUACCGCCGGGCGGAUUGGCGAACUUAUAUCCACGUUUGACCGUAGUUAGAAAAGUGGAUGCGGGCGAGGGAUCCUUUCCAUCUGUAAAUACCUGCGUCCAUUAUUUAAAAUUACCCGAUUAUCCUACGGAAGAAGUGCUGAGACAACGACUUCUGGCCGCGACGAAGGAGAAAGGAUUCCAUCUGAACUAAAUUUAAUCUCUAGACGAAUUUCUUUCCAAAUAUAGUAAGUUUUAUUUUUUAAAUUAAACAUACAAUACUGUUAGUGUAAUUUAAUUCGUUGGUCAGUAGAGAGGAUCAUCGCUGCAAGUUGUACAUAUGAAAGUUACGACCAAAUUUGAAUUUGUCAAUAUAGUGAAUUAAUUUAUUACACAGUAUAGACUUUAAUUGCAUCAUGCCGCUUGUGGCAUUGGGUAACUUAUGGUUUCUCUUGUUGCUUUAAUUUUGCAGCAUAUUGUAGUAUAUUAUGUAUGUAUUGAUGUUAAUACUAUACCUUAAUAAAUGUAGUCAACAUAA